UAGCUGUCUUCUGCCCUUUUCAUUUCAUUUUUCUACUUAAGGGCCUUCACCUUUUGGGAUUCAAGUGUCAAAAACUGGUAAAUUUUCUUGAAACUACUCUUGAAUUCUCAUUAAUGCUGUGUCCUUUGCCAGUUUCUUGGUUUCAAAUCUUUAUCUAGCUCUUGCUGAUUGGUUACUGGCUGGUCUGGUAAUUAUCAGUCAUAUUCUUGAAACAGCUGCUUGUUUUUUUUUUCGUUAUAUUCUUAGCUCUGUUUUGAUCUGAAUCUAUUCUGUUGCUUUCCACUUAUAUUUGUUUGAUGAGGGACUUUUGUUUAGGUAGGAAAUAUUACUUUCAUAGCUUUAUUACUUUCAUAGCUUGAUUUACAUGUUAAAGAUCACUUUUUUAAAUAGUUUCUUGCACGCUUCUGAGCUGUAAUCUUUAUUUGUUGCUUGGUUUAAGAAGAGUAAAGUGGGAAGUUUGGUUUCUUGAUUUUUGGGAGGAAUUGGUUGAGCUAGGAAGCUUUUAAGUUAAGGGGGUACUUUUCUCUAUGUUUAGGUGGUUUUUGGAUAGACAAAUAAGGUUUUGGUUUGUUAAUUGGUUUAGUUAGAUAGUGAAAAGUGAAGGGUUAAAACAGAAAAUGGUCUCAAGGUCAUACUCAAACCUCUUGGAGCUCGCCUCCGGAGAGGCUCCGGCACCGUCUUUAGGAAGUAUUAGCCGGAGGAUUCCACGAAUUAUGACGGUAGCCGGUAUCAUGUCUGAUCUGGAUGAUGAUGCUUCAGACAGUGUGUGUUCUGACCCAUCAUCAUCAGCUCAAAAGGAUAGGAUAAUUAUUGUGGCCAACCAGCUUCCCAUAAGAGCUCAGAGAAAAAGUGAUAGUAGUAAGGGAUGGACUUUCAAUUGGGAUGAUAAUUCACUUCUUCUCCAGUUGAAGGAUGGUUUGGGUGAUGAUGACCUUGAGGUCAUAUAUGUGGGGUGUCUCAAGGAGGAUAUUCAUCCGAAUGAGCAAGAUGAGGUCUCGCAGAUACUCCUUGAGACAUUUAAGUGUGUUCCGACUUUUAUCCCACCCGAUCUGUUUAGCAGGUACUAUCAUGGGUUCUGUAAACAGCAGCUGUGGCCGUUGUUCCACUAUAUGCUGCCCUUGUCACCAGAUCUUGGUGGCAGGUUUAAUCGCUCAUUAUGGCAGGCUUAUGUUUCAGUUAAUAAGAUUUUUGCUGAUAGGAUAAUGGAAGUGAUUAAUCCUGAAGAUGAUUUUGUAUGGGUCCAUGAUUAUCAUUUGAUGAUUCUGCCUACCUUCCUGAGGAAGAGGUUCAAUAGGGUGAAGCUCGGGUUUUUUCUACAUAGUCCAUUUCCUUCAUCAGAGAUAUACAAGACCUUGCCCAUAAGGGAAGAAAUUUUGCGAGCUCUACUGAACUCAGAUUUGAUUGGGUUCCAUACUUUUGACUAUGCAAGGCAUUUCCUCUCCUGUUGCAGUCGAAUGCUAGGCCUAUCUUAUGAAUCUAAAAGGGGUUACAUAGGCCUUGAAUAUUACGGGCGGACUGUGAGUAUCAAGAUUCUUCCAGUUGGUAUUCAUAUGGCGCAGCUUCAGUCAGUCUUGAGUUUAAGAGAGACGGAGGUAAAAGUUGCUGAGCUUAUUAAGCAGUUUCAAGAUAAGGGGAGGACAAUGUUGCUUGGGGUUGAUGACAUGGACAUAUUUAAAGGCAUCAGUUUGAAGUUAUUGGCGAUGGAACAACUGUUGCAGCAACAUCCAGAGAAGCAAGGGAAGGUUGUUUUGGUGCAGAUAGCCAAUCCAGCAAGGGGGAAAGGGAAAGAUGUGAAGGAAGUUCAGGAAGAAACUUACUCAACUGUUAAGAGAAUUAAUGAGGCAUUUGGGCAGCCAGGAUAUGAACCAGUUAUCUUGAUCGACCAGCCACUGAAGUUCUAUGAAAGGGUUGCUUAUUAUGUAGUUGCUGAGUGUUGUUUGGUCACAGCAGUUAGGGAUGGAAUGAAUCUCAUUCCGUAUGAAUACAUAAUUAGCCGACAAGGAAAUGAAAAACUAGAUGAAGUUUUAGGAUUGAAACCUUCCAGUCCAAAAAAGAGCAUGUUAGUUGUCUCAGAGUUCAUAGGGUGCUCGCCAUCCCUGAGUGGAGCAAUCAGAGUUAACCCUUGGAACAUUGAUGCAGUUGCUGAAGCUAUGGACUCUGCUCUUGUUAUGGCUGAACCAGAAAAACGGCUGAGGCAUGAGAAACACUACAAGUAUGUAAGCACACAUGAUGUAGGCUAUUGGGCUCGUAGUUUUCUGCAGGAUUUGGGUAGAACAUGUAAGGAUCAUGUAAGGCGGAGAUGCUGGGGUAUUGGAUUUGGCUUAAGUUUUAGGGUGGUGGCGCUGGAUCCAAAUUUCAGGAAGUUGUUAAUGGAGCAUAUAGUUUCAGCUUACAAAAGGACAACAAUUCGGGCCAUCCUUCUGGAUUAUGAUGGCACUUUGAUGCCUCAGAAUUCAAUUGAUAAGAAGCCUAGCUCUAAAACGAUUGAAAUCCUGAAUACGUUGUGCAGAGAUAAGAACAACACGGUUUUCAUUGUCAGUGCUAGAAGUCGAAACAAGCUAGAAGAAUGGUUUUCAUCUUGUCAAAAGCUUGGACUUGCAGCAGAACAUGGCCAUUUCCUGAGGAUUAGGAGAGAUGAGGAGUGGGAAACUUGCGUACCAACAGUGGAAUGUGGGUGGAAACAGAUUGCAGAGCCUGUUAUGAAACUUUACACAGAAACAACUGAUGGAUCAGUAAUUGAAAUCAAGGAGACUGCGAUGGUAUGGUGUUAUGAAGAUGCAGAUCCAGAUUUUGGAUCCUGUCAAGCAAAAGAACUUCUUGAUCAUCUUGAAAGUGUCCUUUCCAAUGAGCCUGUUACGGUCAAGAGUGGUCAGAACAUUGUUGAAGUUAAGCCACAGGGCGUGAGCAAGGGUCUUGUCGCCAAACGCCUACUCUCCUCCAUGCAAGAGAGAGGAAUAUCUCCAGAUUUCGUUCUGUGUAUUGGAGACGACAGAUCUGAUGAAGACAUGUUUGAAGUCAUCACGAACUCUGUGGCAGGAACAUCUAUAGCUCCAACUGCAGAAGUCUUUGCAUGUACUGUUGGUCGAAAACCCAGCAAGGCAAAAUAUUAUCUUGAUGAUACGGCUGAAAUUGUAAGAUUGAUGCAGGGCUUGGCCUCAGUUGCAGAGCAGAUGGUGCCGCUUUAGAACCCUACGGGCUUUAAAGGGCAACACAUGAUGCAAUCUGUCAUGGAGGCUCAAUUGCUCAAUCGUGCUUGUUUCGUUUGUAGGAGUACUUUUUAUGUUUUCCACUAGCACCUGUAAAUUAAGAAUAGACUAAGAGAAGCUGCACAACGGUGCUUUUUUGUUUUUCCCUUGUUCUUAGUUUUUUCCUCAGCUAGUGCUUGAUCAUCAUCUGAGAAAGUUGUACAUAUGAAAUGGAAAACGUGCACUGAUUUAUUUUGUUUGUUUUUAGACUUUCAUUGAGGAGUGCUACUUUUCUUGUU